AUGGAGAUAAUAUUUUAAAUUUUGAAGACUUACAUAUAUUUAUUUGAAUUAUUAUUUAAAAAUGCAACUUAAUAUUUUUGUAUUUCAGGUGUAAUUCAUACUUACAAUUCAAUAAGGCAGAACCAUUUUGUAGUAAUUUAGUUGAAAGUCUAGCACAGUUCUCUUUGAAUAUCAAUAAUAUGGAAAUAAUGUCAAUGUUUUCAGCUAAUUAGAGCCAAAUACUAAUUUGGAAAUUAGAUCCAAAUUUUAUCCUGGAUUAGAAGUCAAAUUAUCAACUCAGUUUUCAAUGAUGCCAAGUAAUCGAAAGCUGAAGCAGUAUAAAAUAUAUUUCCCAAAGGACUAAGCUUCCAUACCCUAUAUAAAUUAGAUUUACUUAACUCAUAAAGAUACCCUCAAAUUACACAUUACAAUAUAUUUCAGAUGAUCAGUACAAGCAGAUGAAUAAAUAUACACAAAUAAAAUUAAUUGUUCAUCUGUAAUUUAAACAAAAUAUUAAUUUAGAUCAUUUAGGCGAGAAGUUUUACAUGUCAGUUAGGAGAUUUUCGUUCAAACAAUAGAUGUUAAAUACCCAACCGUCUUGAAAAUUUUAUUCUGA